AUGUGCAUCUUGAAGCGUCAGGCUUUGGUAGCUCUGACAGCUUGCCUUGGCCUCGCGUCGGCGCUGCUUGAAGAGCCUUUCGUCAACUUCACACCAUCUGAGUCCUCCGUCGAACUGCAAAGCGCAUCGCUAGUCUACGAUUCCAGCGACGCCGUUGGUCUCAGCAUCGCGAUUAACAGCCUGGCCGGCGACUUUGAGCAAAUCACGGGAACGAAGCCGCCCGUCCACUCAUGGACCCAUUCGGGGCAGAGCAACUCGACCCAGCUGGGCCGCAGGGUGACAAACUCGACCAUCGCCGCCGAUGUCGUCGUCAUCGCCGCGACUGUGGACUCGCCGCUGCUUCGACAACUGGAGGAUGAUGGCAAGGUCGACAUCGAGGAUAUUCGCGGUAAAUGGGAAACUUUCCGUACGUUCGUCGUGCAGAAUCCCCUCCCUGGCGUCUCUCGGGGCCUCGUCAUCGCCGGCAGCGAUAAGCGCGGCGCCAUGUUCGGAGUCUACACGCUUGCUGAGCAGAGUGGACAGUCACCUCUACACUGGUGGGCCGACGUCCCUGCGACCAAGCACGACAAGAUCUACGCUCUGAACAAGGUCACAACCCACGGCGAGCCCAGCGUCAAGUACCGCGGUCUCUUCAUCAACGACGAAGCCCCCGCGCUCGUCGGCUGGUGGGGCAGGAAGAACAACAUCACCGACUUCACCCUCGACUCCGAGUUCUAUGAGCACGUCUUCGACCUGCUCGUCCGGCUCAAGGCCAACUUCAUCUGGCCUGCCAUGUGGGCAAGCUUCAUCCCAAAACCCGGCCGGAUCUUCUUCACCGACGACCCUCGCAACCAGCAGCUCGCCGAUGACUACGGCAUCGUCGUGUCCACCAGCCACCACGAGCCCAUGCAGCGGGCCAGCAAUGAGUGGAAGCAGGAGCCGAGGGGCGACUGGGACUGGGUCAAGAACAAGGACAACGUCACCGCCUUCAUGGAGGAGGGCGUUCGGCGAGCCGGCAAAAACGAGACGUACUUCACCUUGGGCAUGCGCGGGACGAAUGACGGGCCCAUCCAGGCGGACGACCCAAUUGCGGUGCUCGAAGAUGUCUUUGCCACGGAGCGAGAGAUCCUGGCCAAGUACUACGGCAACCUGACAGCCGCAAACCAGGUUUGGACUAUUUACAAAGAGGUCGCGACGUACUACGCCGCUGGCCUGAACCCGCCUGACGACGUCACUUUGAUGUUCACGGAUGAUAACUGGGGCAACGUUCAACGUCUUCCGACGGAGAAGGAGACGGAGAGAUCAGGAGGGAUUGGGCUCUACUUUCAUUUCCAGUAUGUUGGACGACCCAAGAGCUGGAAGUCUCAGAACACCAACAAUCUUCCCAAGGUCUACAAGGAGCUCUCUCAAGCGCACGAACGAGGCGCCGAUCAGAUAUGGGUCAUGAACGUCGGUGACAUCAAACCCUACGAGCUCCCGCUCUCAUUUGCCAUGGACCUGGCAUGGAACGCAAGCAACUUCGACUACGACCGCAUCCCGACUUACCUCACCGCUUUCGCAUCCCGGGACUUCGGCCCUGAGCACGCCGAAGACAUCUCGGCCGCUCUCUUCACGUACAGCCACCUCGUUGGCCUCCGCAAGUUCGAGAUUGUCCAGCCGACGACCUACUCGGUGCUCAACUACCGCGAAGCCGAACGGGUUCUCGAGGCCUGGAAGCAACUGGCAGACAAGGCGAGCGCCCUCCAAGCCGCUGUCCCGGAAGACCGUCGCGACGCGCUUUUCCAUCUGCUCACGUACCCCGCCCUCAUCGGGUAUCACUACCAUUUCAUCGUCAUCAAUUCGGCGAGAAACAAGCAAUACACCUAUGAGAGGCGCAACUCGGCCAAUGCUCUCGCCCAACAGGUUCUGGACCACUUUGACGAGGACUUUGACUUGACGGAAGAGUUCAAUGGCAUGCUCGACGGCAAGUGGGAGGGUCUGCUGUCCACGCCCAAGUAUGACAUGGACGUUAGCGAUUGGCGACCGUCCUCGAGCGAUGCGGUGGCAAACCUCUCGUAUGUCCAGCUGCGGCAGGCUUUUGACUACGGGUUUGGCGACCUGGGAAUCUACGUCGAGCACAGCCUCAGCGCCUGGCGCCAGGGACGCAUCUGCGCGUCCAUCAACCCCUCCCUGCCCACACUCGAAGGCUUCUCCCCGCGCAUGCUGACCAUGGAACCCCACGGCCCGGCGUCCCGCCUGAUCGAGCUCUUCCACCGCGGUGACCACCGCAAGCCGGUCACCUGGUCCAUCAAGGUCCCGCACCCCUGGGUCCGCGUAUCGCAGACUUCGGGCGCGGUGUCCAAGGACGAACCCGAGCAGCACGUCGAGGUCUCGAUCGACUGGGCCUCGGUGCCCGAGGGUUUCGACGAGACGGUCCAGAUCCGCGUCGACUGGGAGCCCGCGCCGUACUUCGAUCUGGUCCACCUCCCCGUCCGGAACCGCCGCGCGCCCGAUGGCUUCGUCGGGUUCCCCGAGACCAACGGGCUCAUCUCCAUCGAGGCGCCGCACUUCCAGCGCGCCUCAGACGGAUCCGACAAUGACAAUGGCGUAGCCUUUUCGCACAUUCCCUACCUCGGCUCCCGGUCCGAGUCGGGCUCCAUCGCGCUGAAACCCUUCACCGCCGCCAGGAAGGCGGUCGACGCGGCCCGCGCCGCAUGGGUCGAGUACGACGUCUACAUCUUCAGCAACGCGACAAGGGGCGUCAACGCGACGGUCUACGUCAACGGCGCGCUCGACACGGACCCGGACCUGCCGAUGGAGUUUUCCCUCUCCCUGGUGGACGACGGCGCGGCGAACUUCACUCGUCUACUGGGAGAUCCGGCAAAGGCGGGCGACACGCCGCCCGAGUGGACGGCGGGCGUAGCGGACCACGUCUGGAAGAAGCUGGUGCCGCUGCCGCCGCUGGGCCCCGGGAAGCAUACGCUCCGCUGGCGGGCGAACUCGCCCGAGGUGUACCUCGAGAAGAUCGUGCUGGCGGUGAGCGGGGCCGUGCCGGAGAGUUACCUGGGCCCGCCGGAGACGAGGACGGGCGGACAGUGA